GCCCCGCUCGCGGGCAGAGCGGGCGGCGCGGCCGAGCGGGCCAUGGCGGAGAGCUCAGACUGGGUGGAGAUCAUCGAGCCCCGCUCCCAGGAGCGGAUGUACGUCAACCUGACCACCGGCGAGUGUGGCUGGGAGCCCCCUCCCAACCUGAAGGUGCGCCAGUCGGACCAGAAGCAGUGGUGGGAGCUCUUCGACCAGAACAACAACCGCUUCUACUACUACAAUGCCAUCACACGUCAGACGGUGUGGCACCGGCCCCAGGGCUGCGACAUUGUGCCCUUGGCGCAGCUCCAGGCCAUGAAGCGCAGCUCCCAGCCGGACUGCCGGGGCCAGCAGCACCGGGGCAGCACCGGCAGUGACGGCAGAAGCACCCCCAUCCAAAUAGCCCUCCUACAGGAGAUGGAGAAGGGUAAGGGGGACUGUGCUGCGGAGAAGAGGAAAGACCCUGGCAGGGAGACUCCUACCCACUGGCAGCCUCUGCCAGGCACGAAAGCAGCCAUGUUGGUCAAAGUGAACAGUUUGAGGCAGAUGCAGAGCUCUUCAAACAGUUCGCUUCAGCUGCAGAGUGCUCCAGAGGCCAACAGCCAAAAAUCUCUUCCGAAACCAGCCAUAUAUGCUCAGCCUCAAUCCACAUCCCAGAGCCCUGGAGCCACAAAGCAAAUCCCUACAGGAGAAACAAAGCAGUCUAUGCAGAUCAAAAAGACAGAGAAUGGUGGGUUUUGCCUAGUGCUGAUGAAUGGUCCAACUUCUCAAACACCUCCAAGGAGCCAGUCAGGAACCCCCCAGCCUGCAUCCCCCAAGUAUGCCUCCCCUGCACCUAUAUACGAUGAGCCAUCUUUAGAGUCCCCAAUUUAUGAUGAGCCACCAGUAGAUAUGGACACUGAAAGCGUCAGUAUGAGUGGGAUGUCUCCACCAAGGUCGCCAAGCAAUAGCUUAAAAAAGCAGCUGCAACCAACCAAAUUAUUGCAGCAUCCUGGUCUGCAGCAGCAGCAGCAGCAAGCUGCAAAGAAGCAUGCAAGAAAUCCCUCUUCCACUGAAUACAGCCCGGCUGGCAGAGAAUACAUAAAACACAUGGUCAACGUUGACCAGUCUUCCAAACUCUGCCACUCUUCUGCUGCAACAGCUGAUGCCUCUACUAAACUGCCUGGUCCGCUUACUUCAAAGGACAGCUUCAAGCAGUCUUGGAGGAUCUUGGAAGCCAACGUCCUCAAGAACAUGGAAGCCCACCACAGUCGGCAGAACAGCCUGCAAACUCCAGAGUACCCAACCGGUAUAAGCCAUCAGGAUUCUGGUUAUUCGACUGGCCCUUCUCCAAGCUUGAGAAAAAGGAAAGGACGGAGGCAAGGGACAGGUCAAGGAAGACCUGGCUCUGUGGGCAGCAGCAGCGAGCUCGCGGCUUUGAAUGAUAAGCUGAUUGCCGAGAUGCGUGCUGUGGUGGGCAGGUCAGCAGCUUGCAGGGGAAGCAAAGCCAGCCUCGAUGCUGAAAGUCUGGAGAGUGGCAUCCCGGCAGAGAGCAGCAAAGUCAGAUUUCAGUCCGACCACUUGAAAAAAUGCAUCAGCCGAAGCUCAAGGGAUGAUGUCUCAGCUAGUAAUAGGUCUCUGUAUAGACAGGGCCUGGAGAGCAGGGGCAGCUUUCCCAGCGAUGUGGCUGCUCCACAGGACACAGUGAGGCAGAAGAGGACUUUUGAGAAAAUAGAUUCUUUAGAAAAGAAUGUGACCAGCCAGACAAGUUUGGCUUCAUCAGAUGCUACACGCCACUCCUCCCAGCCUGGGACGAUAGAGUUGGACCCCAAGCAGGAGAGCAGCGGCCAGCCUGGCAGCUGCGUAGGAUAUCAUUUCCCUUACAAUACUCUACGGAAGCCCAUCUCUCAGAGCAGCAUGGCAGACUGGGCUUCUAAAAACCUGAACAUGCACACGCAAGGCAUCUUCCGCCGACGGAUCUCCAUCUCCAACAUGCUGUCCUGGAAUGGCGGCUCUAUCAAAAAGCCAAUGCUCAUCACUAGCAACCGCACCAUCAAAAAAGAGGCGUGUGAGAUGUUCAAACUGGUGCAGAGCUACAUGGGAGAUCGUCAGACUCGCAUGGACCGGAAUCACGUGGCAUUGGUCACGGUCACCAAGUGCUGGAGCAUGCAAGGUUUACGGGAUGAGCUCUACAUACAACUGAUCCGGCAGACAACGGAUAAUACAUGCUACCGAAGUCUGGCGUGGGGCUGGGAACUGAUGGCCAUCAGUCUGGCCUUUUUCUCUCCAUCACCCAAGUUUCAGUCUUAUCUGGAAGGUUACAUUUAUCGCCACCUUGACAGUGAUGAAAACAUUGCCCAGCGCAUCAAGGAGCUUGUGGAUCUGAAAAACAAGAAGAACUCAAAAUCCAGGAAAAAGAGGAAACAAAACACCGAGGAUGAAGGUCUGCCCAUCAGCACCUACGCCAAAUACUGCUACCGGAAACUCCAGAAAGUAGCCAUCACUGGAGGCAAAAAGGGCCUCCGUAAACCGACAGUGGAAGAGAUAACACAUGCCAGGAAUGCCAUCGUGACGCCAUCGCUCUUCGGCAGCUCUCUGGAGGAAAUCAUGCUGCGGCAGCAGGACAUGUACCCGGGUAACAAGCUGCCCUGGGUGCAGACGCAACUAUCGCAGCAGGUCCUGGCUUUGGGAGGAGAACAGACGGAGGGAAUUUUCAGGAUACCUGGUGACAUAGAUGAAGUCAAUGCCUUGAAGUUGCAGGUGGAUCAGUGGAGAAUCCCAAGCAGCCUCAGUGACCCCAACAUCCCAGCCUCCCUUCUCAAGCUCUGGUAUCGGGAGCUGGAGGAGCCUGUGAUCCCCCAGCAGUUCUACAAAGAGUGCAUCAGCAACUAUGAGAACCCCGACGCUGCCGUGGCUGUGGUGCAGCUUUUGCCGGAGCUCAACAGACUGGUGCUGUGUUACCUCAUACACUUCCUGCAGAUCUUUGCUCAGCCAUCAAAUGUGGGCAGAACGAAGAUGGAUGUGAAUAACCUGGCCAUGGUGAUGGCCCCCAACUGCCUGCGCUGCCAGUCUGACGACCCUCGCAUUAUCUUUGAGAACACGCGCAAAGAAAUGUCCUUUCUUCGCAUGCUGAUAGUGCACUUGGACACGAGCUUCAUCAAAGGGCUGGUUUGAGCCACUGGCCCUGGGGUCUAAAACAUUGUUCUGGGGAGUCGCUGGGUGCCCGAAGUCUUCUCCCCUCCACCUAGGUUUCUUGCAUUGUCCUUGCUGUUGUCACACCCUGGGUUAGCCCCUGAGCAUCUCCCGGCAUAUGACCUCGAGGACAAGGACUAGACACUCCUGGAAGGCUCGGGCUGUUCAGCACCAGGAAGUCCUUGGACAUGCCAGGCCAGAUUCAGUGGUUCCCGGCCUUCCAGUCUGUGUCAGAGGGGGGCAUCCCUCCUCCUUGGAGCUGCAGGACCGGUUGCUCAUUGAAAGGGCUGUGACAUCCGUGAGAAACUGCUGCCUGGGGCAGUGAGACUCUCCAUCUCCCUUCUGGAGGCAGAGUUGGCUUCAGAUAGGAGGACAUCACUCCUGUGUUGUGGCAUGAGCUGGUCCUGGGGGAGAUGCUGCCUCAUUGGGGAUAAUCCCACUGCUAUGGAGCCAGCCUGGUUCACCUCUGCAGACUGUUGGUUGGAGGCGUGAGGGUUGUUCUGACACCCCACGAUGCUGUGGGUAGAGGGGUGUGAAGGUGCGGGGAGUUUGCUGAGGCAGAGGGGUUCCUUGGACUGGCCUGGUCAGUGGAAGCACAUUGCAGCCCAGGGAGAGGAGGUGUUUGAGCCUGUGCUGCUGGUGGCUGGAUAGGCAGACAUCCCACAGCUGGGAGCCCUGGCAGGCCAGAUCCGCACAGCAUCCACCUCACCUUCUCCUUUAGGCAGCUUCAGAGCUGCACAGCAGCAUGUGGUCAGCAUGGGGGACCAGCCCUGUGCUGAGCUAAACCAGCACCCACCCAUGCCAUGGGGCCAGGGACAAGAGGAAGACUACACACCUGACAACAAACAGAGAAACAACCUCUUUGGCAUCCUCCUAAGGGUGGCCAUAUCCUCUGGAGGGGUAACCCCAGUGGCCUUGCAGCUCCUUUCUGCUACGGGCAGGGUGAGCUGACACCGGCUUUCCUGAAGAGCAUCUGAGACCGUGCUCAGAGCAGCCUCCAUGGCUCUGGCACCCCCCCUUCCUGGUACCACGUCCUUCCCAGACUGCUCUGCCAGGGACUGAAUACCAGUUUUGCCAACCCUCCUGGUUCAGCCCAGGUCUAAAGAAAGCUGGGAAGGCCCCCAACAGUAAGAAGGGCUCCUGCACUCAGAUGUGCCCUUCCAGGCAGAGCAGCAGCAUUGCUGCGUGUUCGUGAAAUGCUGAUACUUACUGCCUGGAGUCAACUGUGGCAUCUAUGCUCUUCCCACCAAAUUCCCACGGGAGUUGCAGAGGGGUUGGGAAGGGAAGGGGGAGGAAGGGAAGAGGCAGAUCUGAGCGGCUGAGGUGUGGUGGAGCCUGCGUGGGGGUGGUGUCAGGCGGGCAGUUCAGCGUUCUCACUGCUGCUGUUAAACCCCUGUGGCUUUCUGCAUGCCACCAGAAGUGAGGCACAGCAAGGACAGUGUCUUUCAGAGGCAGCGCAUGGAUUUCCCCGCAGCCUCUGGAUACUGUUGCAUGUUCCUUAGCAAGCAGCAAUUUCUAAUUCUGUGGCAUCCUGGUGUUACUCUUCUCUUCCUUUGAAGUGUUUGCUGGAGGCAGGUCUGCUGCAAAAAGCUGCAUAUUGGGAUUACUCAUGCAAUGCUAAGUCUGCCGGUAGCAUCCAAUUUUGCAUUUGCAUUUCUGCAUCCCCCCUCCCUUUCAAGUGGGAACCUGGGAUCAUCCUCUCCUGAUUGCAGUGGGGAGCCGAGCCCAGCCAGCAGUGAGGUUUAAAGCUGAUGUCUGCAUCUGUACCAAAAGUUUGGGCAUAAGGUGCCCCGAGCCUGCUGGCUGCUAGGAUCUCUUGAUGUGCGUGAACGGGGUUUCCAGGGCACACGUUUGCUUGGGUGAACUCCACAGCGGGAGUUCAGUUUGCGCCCAGCUGAACAAGGGUCGUGGUUCCUCUCCUUGUACCAGAUGCUUCUGUGGUCCAGCAGGCCAGGAAAUCUUGCUCCCAUGUCAGGAUUAGCUCUGUCAAACAUGCCCCCCAAAACGUGCCAGGAUCUGUUUCACACACCCAUCCCAUCCAUCCCAUCCCAUCCCAUCCCAUCCCAUCC